GGCCCGCCCGUCAGUCAGUAAGUGAGACGGGCAGUCGAGGCGAGCGGACGUCGGCUCUCCGCUUCCCCGAAAGCGGCGCCGUCCUGCCUCUUUGGCGGUCAGCUGCGGCGGCUGCACGGACGGCGGCGCGGUCCCUUGGGGAAGCGCGGCGGGAGCGGAGCGGCGGCCGCGGAGCGUCGAGCCCAGCGCGGCGGCGGCGGCCCGGCAGCCAACAUGGCGGCGGCGGCGGCGGCGGGCACGGGCCCGGAGAUGGUCCGCGGGCAGGUGUUCGACGUGGGGCCGCGCUACACCAACCUCUCGUACAUCGGCGAGGGCGCCUACGGCAUGGUGUGCUCUGCUUAUGAUAAUGUCAACAAAGUUCGAGUGGCUAUCAAGAAAAUCAGUCCUUUUGAGCACCAGACCUACUGCCAGCGAACCCUGAGGGAGAUAAAAAUCUUACUGCGCUUCAGACAUGAGAACAUCAUUGGAAUCAAUGACAUUAUUCGAGCCCCAACCAUUGAGCAGAUGAAAGAUGUAUACAUAGUCCAGGACCUCAUGGAAACAGAUCUUUACAAGCUCUUGAAGACACAGCACCUCAGCAACGACCAUAUCUGCUAUUUUCUCUACCAGAUCCUCAGAGGGUUAAAAUACAUCCAUUCAGCCAACGUUCUGCACCGUGACCUCAAGCCUUCCAACCUGCUGCUCAACACCACCUGUGAUCUCAAGAUCUGUGACUUCGGCCUGGCCCGCGUUGCGGAUCCGGACCAUGAUCACACAGGGUUCCUGACAGAGUAUGUAGCCACGCGUUGGUACAGGGCUCCAGAAAUUAUGCUGAAUUCCAAGGGCUACACCAAGUCCAUCGACAUCUGGUCUGUAGGCUGCAUCCUGGCGGAGAUGCUCUCCAACAGACCCAUCUUCCCGGGGAAGCACUACCUGGACCAGCUGAACCACAUUCUGGGUAUUCUUGGAUCCCCUUCACAAGAAGACCUGAAUUGUAUAAUAAACUUAAAAGCCAGAAACUAUUUGCUUUCUCUUCCACACAAAAACAAGGUGCCAUGGAACAGGCUGUUUCCAAAUGCUGACUCCAAAGCUCUGGACUUGCUGGACAAGAUGUUGACUUUCAACCCUCACAAGAGGAUCGAAGUAGAGCAGGCCCUGGCCCACCCCUACCUGGAGCAGUAUUACGACCCGAGUGACGAGCCCAUCGCCGAAGCUCCAUUCAAGUUCGACAUGGAAUUGGAUGACUUGCCUAAGGAAAAGCUCAAAGAACUCAUUUUUGAAGAGACUGCGAGAUUCCAGCCAGGAUACAGAUCUUAAAUUUGUCAGCACGAGGGCUUCAGAGGACUGGACGUGCUCAGACGUCGGUGUGCUUCUUCCCGGUUCUCGCCCCCAGUCCCGUCUGCAGCCCGUCCCGGCUUAUCCACUUUGACUCCUUUGAGCCGUUCGAAGGGGCGGUUUCUGGUAGUUGUGGCUUUUAUGCUUUCAGAGUUCCUCAGUCCGGAGACUCCUCCCGGCACCCCUGUGUGUGCCGCCCAGCGGUGCCCUGCGGCAGUGUGCACUUCCGGUGCACCUCCUGCUUCCCGUUGCUUUAGUCACUACCCGCUUUCUGGUUUGAAAGAUGCAGUGGUUCCUCCCUGUCCUGAGCCCCUGCCUGGGCGACACCCGCUGAGCCCUGCAGCCUCCGCAGAGCCAGGCUCUCUCCAGACCGGCGCCAGUCACUGGCCUCUCACUUCACAAUAGGGAAGGCUGCUACCUAGGGCACUUUAAGUCAGUGACAGCCCCGACUUUGCACUUCACCUCGGACCAUAACUGUCCCCGGAGCAGGAGCUCAUGGCACCGCUGGGUGUGGUGUUGGCAGCAGGCGCUCCCUGGGAGUGCUGUCCCAUCUUCCCUCGCGUCACCUCCGUCACUGACACGCUUUCAGCAGCCCCACUCAUUUCUCUAGGCAGAGAGGAAGUGCUGCACCCAGCGCAGCCACUCUGCAGAGUGCCCGUGGUCACUUAGACCGAUCGUAGCGGCAGCACACUCACCAACCCGCGUCACACGCAGUACCUGCAUGUGCAAGGCGUGCACGAAGCGAUGCAAAGGUGGACGGCAUUCCUGGAGAAGCGUGGCUUUGGGCAGCCGCGUCCGAUCCCCAGGGGCUGGCAGAGAGGAGCACUGCGUCUUUCAAUGAGAGAGUGUACAGUUCUUCUUCCUUCUACAGCAUGUCCGCAUCUCAAGUUCAUUUUUCAACCUAUGCUAUACAGUGUGUGAUGAAGCCCUGUGCCGCCGCCGAGCGCUCGCGGACAUUUCCCAUACUGCAGUUAGGACCAUCAGAAAACGCUAGCACUAAGUCGUGUUUGGAGCGCCCUCCGUGGCUUCCCGACCUCCUUCCGGUAUCUGCUCUGCCACCGUGUGCUGUGGAGUUGACCCUGUUCUGUCCCCGUGCGGUGCCGCCUGCUGACUCCCCCACUGCUCGCUCUGGUGAGAAGUUUGCCUUGUUCAGUGAUUCCUGUACCCUCGCAUGACUGUUACAGCUUUCUGUGCAGAGAUGACUGUCCAAGUGCCACAUGCCUGUGAUUGACAUGAAAACUCUGUUGUUACCUCGGAGUUGUGUUCCACGGAAAAUGCUACCCAGCAGAUCACUUAGGGAAAGGAAUUCUAUUUUUAGCUUCUCAUUUCUCAGCUGUCCUUUUUCUUCGUGUUUGAUUUUUUUUUUUUUUUUUUUUUGGACAGCAGUGGGAGAAUGGGUUCUAUAAAGACUGCCUGCCAAUAUGAACAGCAAUGCACUUGUAAUUCAUGGAAAUAAAUGUACAGCUCUUAACUUCAUAUCCAUCUUAAGAUUCAGUGUCGAUUUCCUCUGGGUCCGCAUGUCUGACGGACAGCCAGGUACAUUCCUCGCGGCACACAGGAGUGCCCUCGGCCUCACUCCCCCGCCCCAGGCGACACACACACACCCCCCGCUGUAGUCUCCCCUAGAUGAGUUCAAGGCCAGGUCCCUAGGGCCCUUCCUUGGCUCACAGAGCAGAAACGUUCUUUCAAAUGAUAGGCCCCAGAUUCUCUGUCGAGCCCUGAGACAGAACCCCAGCACCCCAGGGUGCUGAUCCUCACACCUCCCGUGGCUGAGUCAGCCUCAGAAUCACCACGUCGGCUCCUGCUCCGAGAUAACUUGCUGUUCUCCCCGGGGCCCGGCAGUGAGGCAGAGGUCUCCGACUGUUAACUGGCGCUCUGCCGAGUCAGCUGCGUUCCCACAAGAGCGCCUCCAGCUUCCUGGCUCGCCUCUUUGUACUUCUUAGCGCUGUCAUGAGGCUCAUCUGCAGUGCCCUUCUAGACAGAAAGCAGCCUCAGCUGCGAAUCUCUUGAGGGCUGGGGGCUCCUGCAGCCCCUCCUCACCACCAUGAGCCCCAUGCUUGUCCCUGGUCACUCCAGAUGUAACUGAGACGGUCAGAACCAAGGCGUUCACUGAGGCUGGCAGAUUCGGUCGUCGGAAUCCACGCUUGCCGGCAGUGCGCUCAGAUCAGCUCUCAGACCAACGGCUUUUUUUUUUUUUUUUUUUGGUGUCUAAAAUGUAAGCAAAAAAUUCCUGUUGAAACAUUCCAGUCCUUUCAUUGAGCGUGGAGCAGAGGCCGCGGGACAGGUGGGGGAGAACUCAAGGGCGCGGCGUGGGGGGGCCACCCACAUUCUGCUGCCACAGGGGACGGUAGGUGCGUCGGGCCAGGGCCGUCCCCUCAGGGUUGCCCUGCCCAAGGCCGCACGCCAUGCAGAGGACACUGUCAGCUCUUCAUUCGCUUCUGUUAAUAGGGUUUUUAAAUUGGUGACUUUUCUAUAGCAUGGUAGCAGUAUGUUAAUACACCCAGACACACGCACCACCCAUGCUUCCAGUCCUCCAUAACACUUUUAUAUUUGUAAAUCAAUGUUUUGGAGCAAUCCCAAGUUUAAGGGAACUAUUUUUGUAAAUGUAGUGGUUUUGAAACUCCGCAAUCCUUUUGCUUACACAUUUUUAAAGCAUUUGUGCUUAACCUGGCUGCGCUGGUGUGGGGAAGGGUGGGCAAGGCAGAGAGGACCUCCCCCCGAUGCGGGCGACCCCCGUGCGGGCGUGCUCACUCCUCCUGCCGCCCGGCUCCACGCGACCGCGGCGGCUGGGACUCCAGGGCCAGCUCUGCCAGAGCCGCAGCGGGCUCACCCAAAGCUUGUUGCCUUUCCGUGCUGUUCCUCCGUGUAGCGCACUCGAGAGUGUUCUCAAACUGCUUUGUAUCCGCUUUGUAUUGUUGGUGCCUUCUUGGUAUUGUACCCUGAAACUCCGCAUAGGUUAUUUAGUAUAAUGGUAAGUUAAAAAAAUGUUAAAGGAAGAUUUUAUUAAGAAUCCGAAUGUCUAUUCAUUAUAUUGUUACAAUAUAACAUUUAUUUGUGGUGUUUGUGAUUUGGUUAAUCUGUAUAAAAAUUGUAAGUAGAAAGGGUUUAUAUUUCAUCUUAAUUCUUUUGAUGUUGUAAACGUACUUUUUAAAAGAUGGAUUAUUUGAAUGUUUAUGGCACCUGACUUGUAAAAAAAAAAAACCUACAAAAAAAUUAGAAUCAUUAAAUUGUGUCCCUGUAUUAGCAAAAUAA